AGAGAUGGUGAGUGACAUUGUGGCCAGUAGCCCGAGAGAGAAAUUAAAAGAGUGCGGGCUGAGUGGCGUCGACAUCCAGCUUGACUUCAUGUCCAUGAUCAUUUUGGUCUCGGCACCAUGUAGAAUCACGCAGUCAAUAGAAAGAUAACGCAGCGGCGGGUGCAGUUGCAUCAGCAGCCGGUGCAUGGCUGUGCCCUUCACAUCUUGCAUCACAAGCUCUCCAGUCCGGCUUUUGCUGUGGUGAGCUGCCGCUGUAAUUCCCUCCACCGUGCUGCUAUAAAAUGACGGAUGAUCGAGAGGAGCGGUGUGGUGCUGAGUCGAGUGAUACUUCCUAUCUCUGUGGAAGAGUACCAGGUUGGCCAGCUGUACUCUGUGGCCGAAGCCAGUAAGAAUGAGACGGGUGGAGGUGAAGGAGUGGAGGUGCUAAAAAAUGAACCUUAUGAGAAAGAUGGAGAGAAAGGACAGUACACACACAAAAUUUACCAUUUGCAGAGUAAAGUGCCGUCAUUCGUCAGAAUGCUGGCUCCAGCUUCAGCUCUCAACAUCCACGAGAAAGCCUGGAAUGCAUACCCAUACUGUCGCACAGUUAUCACUAAUGAGUAUAUGAAAGAUAACUUCCUGAUCAAGAUUGAAACAUGGCACAAACCUGACUUUGGACACCAGGAAAAUGUACAUGGUUUGGAUGCAGAAACCUGGAAAAAGGUGGAUGUAGUCUAUAUUGAUAUUGCAGACAGAAGCCAAGUGGAGCCAAAGGACUACAAGCCAGAGGAGGAUCCUUGCAAAUACAAGUCAGCAAAGACAGGACGGGGCCCUCUUGGUCCAGACUGGAAGAAGGAGCUUCCUAACAAGAAAGACUGCCCACACAUGUGUGCCUACAAACUGGUCACCGUCAAAUUCAAGUGGUGGGGUCUGCAAAAUAAAGUGGAGAACUUCAUUCAAAAGCAAGAAAAGCGCUUGUUCACUAAUUUCCACCGUCAGCUGUUCUGCUGGAUUGACAAGUGGAUUGAAUUGAACAUGGAGGACAUUCGUCGCAUGGAGGAAGAGACGCGUAAGGAGCUAGAUGAGAUGAGGGUGAAAGACCCAGUGAAAGGGAUGGUGGCUCUAGAGGACUGAGGUUGUGUUGGACUGUGAAUGCUGCUGCUCAUCAGACCAGAAUACCCAGACACCAGCGGAUUCACGUCCUCCCUUUCUCUAAACUGAUACGUCUAAUCGGCCGUCCAAAUCCCUCCUUCUGCAGUACAGUCUGGUUUUCAGGGACCUGGACUCAGUACAAUCCCAGUUUUAAGCUGAUCUCCUCCACCCCAUCAUUCCUCCCUUGAUCCCCAUUUGUUCUAUGUUUAUUUUAUUCAUCUAAUGUCCUCAUCUGAAUAAAUACUCUGAGGCCUCCAGUAGCAACAAUAUAGAUCUUGUCAGUCAGUCUUCUCUUUCUCUCUUAAGAAUUUAUCAAAACUCCAGAGAAUAGAGUUUAUCUCUGAAAUUUAGGAUUUAUUUCUACUUGAGAUAUCACAAAAGUGUAUAUAUAGAGUAAACAGUAUAACAGGGGAGGUAAAUACUUGUAUUGAAGUAUAUAAAUAUAUAUUAACAGGGUUUUUAAAUGAAGUUCUGUAAGUUUGUCUGUGAAUGUUUAUUUUCUCCAGAUCAAGCCGUGUUUGCUCAGUGUUGCGUUUAGAUCCUGCUGUUUAAUUUAUUUAUUUUUUCUUUACUUUUCUUUUUUUUUAUGUUCCUGGUACCGCUCUUUCCAGUUGCUUCUUGCAGUAUUUCAUUUUGUUGUUCAAGUCAAUCUGCAAGUCUACAAAUCACAACUGAAAGGUUGGGAUUGUGCUGAGAGUGUUGCAUUGCUUCUGCUAUAGACUUCUGACCAACCAGAAAAGUUUGUUUUUUUUCCCCCCAGUACCUGCCUUUAUAUGCUGAGGCAUUUGUUAGCUUCUCUGCAUCUUUGUGCAUUCGUGAGUGUGUGCACGCUUCUGUUUGUGUGCUUGUGUGCGUUUCUGUAGCAUCGUUAGGUCAAAGGUUCCAGUUAUAUUUUUCUUUCAACAAGUCAUUUCUAGCUCUUCAAUUUCAUCAGGCUGCUUGAACAUGAAGUAUUUAUGUUACAAUAUAUAAAGACAUUGAGACAGAUAGUUUACAAGGAUGUACAGAAAAUAUGAAGCACUCUGCAAUGGAAAUUUAUAGUAGACAACAAGAGCAGCCACAAAUGAGUUAACGACUCUCGUCUCUUUUUUAUAUGACAGUAACAUGCAUUUCUUGUGCUGUCAUAUUGUGUCAUCUCCAGUGGAUAAAUGUUUUUAUCCAGCAACAGCAAUAACUAUCAUGACACAUUGGUCUCUCUUUUAUCAUUGCAACUCUAUCUUACACCUCUGUUUGAUCCCAAUUUGAGAUCAGUUUUAGCUAAGCAGAGCCCGAGCUGAAAGUCAAGAGCGGAUAAGCUGUUGAUAAAUAACUUAUUAAAUGAUGGUUUUAAUGUGUCAGUCUUUAAAUAAGGUGCUUUUUAUCCUGCUGGUAUCUGAAGCUUGUUGUUUGUGUCAGUGUGUUUUAUUGUUUUUGGUAUAUGCAUGGGUGUGAAUGAGUGUUUAGACUGGCAGAAAACUGAUGCUAUCUGGGUAAAGAAGCGAGGAACAGCAGACACUAUCCUCCCCCCUGUUCAUGUCUGUUUGACCUCCUUUGUCUAGAAUUACUUUGGUUUUCUUAUUCUCCAUCUUCUGUUUACCUCACAUCCACCACACUAUGUGGAAAUCUUAAAGAGUGAGCAACAGAUAAUAUCAAAUUGUCCCUCAGUUGACAUAUAGUUAGAUUUCUAUAGAUUUAGAUUUCUAUCUCUAUAAAGAAUGACCCCAAAAAUGAGAUAAAUUUCUACAUUUUUAUAUAGAAGAUAUUGAGGCAGAUGUUUUGUCCUAAAUUGUUAAUAUUAAUUAAUGUAUUAAAAAAGAAUAAUUUUCAAGUAUUCUGUAAA